AUGGCCUCUGACGAGAGCAGAAGACAGUCGCGAGUCCAUCCCGACCGCCUGCAACUUCAAAACACUUCAGAGACCACCGAAGCAGCACAUGCAUUGCCUACGCCUGAGACCAUCCCACCGGCCCAGCAUCCACUUCCUCAGAUCUUGGACGAUGGCAUUACGGAGCUAUGGUGCCCAAGCGAUCCUGCGCAGAUCGUCGCGGAUAUCUAUUUUGUCCAUGGCCUAAUGGGACAUCCCUUCAAGACGUGGUGUCAUCCAAAGGCAGCACCGUUACAAUACCUGCGGGCUGAUACAGGGUCAAGAAGACGUGUGCUCUCGAGGAUACUUGGCCGGAAACAUGAAGCGCCACAGCAGACAAGUGACAACACUUCGCAGGCGGCUGCACCAAAGGGUCGAGGGUGCUACUGGCCCCUCGAUCUGAUCCCGAAUGAUUUUGACAAUGUACGAGUCCUCACUUGCGGCUACGACUCACACCCGACACGAUUUCUGGCUGGGGGCAAUCAGAUGACCAUUUCUCAACAUGCCCAAAAUCUCCUCCAGCGCAUCAGGACUACGAGAAGUGGUUGUCAAGGACGGCCGAUCAUAUUCGUGGCUCACAGUCUCGGAGGCAUCCUGGUUGAGGACGCCAUCAUUGAAUCCAGGAAAUUCAAACACCAGCCUGCGGUCCUGGAUAUCAGCUGCUCCUGUGCCGCCAUUUUCUUCUUUGGGACACCCCAUAAUGGUUCAGACGCGGCUACUUACGGCGAGUCCUUGGGCAAGAUCCUCGAUAUCUGUGGCCUCCGAGUUAACAAGCAGAUCAUGAGAGAGCUGCAGCGCAACGGGGAGAAGCUCAGCGCUGUUGAGCGCGACUUUAACGACUUACUCAACGAAGAUAUUCCACCUCGUGAUAAACUUCAAAUAUGUAGUUUUCAAGAAGGGAAGGCUGUGACUGGUCUGAAAUUCUUUCCCAUUGGAAAGGUGGUAGAAGAUUCAUCCUCCUCGUUCAACCGCAGAGACAUUGAAACCAGCAUGUUUAUCAAUGAAAACCACAUGGGAAUGGUACGAUUCCAGUCUGCGCAGUCGCAAGGUUAUGUGGAUUUUCGAUCGAGAUUAACAGAAUAUCUGCACGAGAUUGAAAGAACCACCAGCGCGCAGAGACUGAGGGAACAGACCCAGCAAGCUGAACGUGCAGCGCUGAUGGAAGCUCUCGAUUUCACGGACAGGUGCAUUCGCGAACAACAACUGAGUGACCUCGACACGCCGGAGAAAACAUUCACCUGGAUCUGGGAUACACCUUUCAAAACUUGGCUUGAGAACGAUAGCUCUAUCUUCUGGAUAUAUGGAAAGCCGGCUUCCGGGAAGAGCACACUCCUGAACUACAUUCGCAAAGCCGGGAAUACCCGCAAGAUAUUGAACAACUCUCAUGAAAAGCCCUGGAAGAUCAUUCACUUCUUUUUCGAUUUUCGAGCUGGAAGUGCGAUUGGCAACAAUAUGGAGGGUUUCCUUCGGUCUCUGCUGCGUCAAUUAUGCGAGGACCUCCCCAAUGUCUCCCGAGCCGUUCCAGAUCUUGCGAGAAUCGUCACUAGCAAUGCUCAGCAACAAAUUGAUCAUUCUGUUGCGAAGCCCUUACCUAUUGAUGUCUUGAGGACAGCACUCCUUGAAGGAAUUCGGAGCUGUUCACAUUUGAUAAUUCUGCUGGACGGUCUGGAUGAGUACGAGGGUGAACAGAGCGAACUCUGCAACUUCGUCAAAGCCCUGCAGGGCGACAAGAUCAAAAUUUGUCUUGCUAGCCGACCUGACCCUCCCUUUCCAGAUGCCUUUGCUGGGCUACCUUCGUUCAAGAUGGAAGAUCUCAAUUUCAGGCCUAUCAAAAUGUUUGGCCUACAUGUCCUCGAACAAUUCUUUUCUGAACAGCGAUAUUCCCCGUCUAUUUUACUUACCCUAGCAGAUACCGUUGCACAAAGGUCACAGGGCGUCUUCCUGUGGGCAAGAUUCGCGAUAUUUGAGUUGAUCAAAGGACUGACCCGUGGCGAGAAGUUGGAAUCUGCCGCGUUGAUGCAAAGAUUGGAAGAAAUGCCCCCAGAGCUACAACAAAUCUACUCGCGCAUAUUCCAGCGCUGUCCUUCAAAUGAGAGAAAGCUGGCAGGCCUCCUUUUACUGCUGAUUUGCUACGGACUCGACAUUGUCUCGUCAAGAAUGCUACAGAUCGCCAUCUCUUAUCUUCCGCCAUCCUCAUCACUGCGUCCCGACAGUGUCAUACUCUUAGCUGCGCAAGGUGACGAGAUUGAAUUCUCGAAACGUUUGUUGGUUGUAACGGGCGGCACAGUGGAAAUUCUCAAGGCACGAGUACGCGUUGAGUCGACUUGGUGGCUUAGCAGAGUGCCACGCUUGAUUCAUCGGACGGUGAGAACGUACCUGGAUCGAGGUGGCUGGAAGGAGAUCCUGGGUGAUAUUUACCACUCAGCUUUGGGAGAUAAAACAUGGAUCGAAAUCUGUGCGCGGACGGUCGUGGAUGGGGAAUCGAAGAUGGCCUAUCUACAGCCAGUAGAUCCUACAUUUGAGUGGGAUCUUUCUCCAAAAGGUGCCGGCGACGAGCUUGACCAGCCAAGCUCUACCAACGAACAGCCAAUGAACGAUCUGGCGAUGCAAGCUCUAUUACUAGGCCAUACCAGCCGCAACGUACUCGACCAUGCUAGUCGCUACGAAAAGACGUCGGCGACCUCGUCAUAUCCAUUAAUUGAGACGCUCGCCGGUUCUUUCUUUCUAGACUUACAUCUGGACCCCUGUAACGCGUGUCAGCGUUGCGGAGGGCUCCGGCUUCUUUCGGAAGCGGACAAGUUCAAGGUCGAACUUGUUCAUCUUGCUGCGGUUCAUGACAUGUGUCGUUUUGUGGAAGACGUUGUGCGAGAGCUACAAGAGAGACAAGUGACAAAAUACUCCAAGGACAUUGUGGACAGAUUCCUCGAGAUGAUAUAUCCAAGCAAGGCACAUGCUUCUGGGAAGGCUCUCAGAAUCCUCAAGAAGGCCGCCGUCAAGUCUCAGUUCUCCCUUGUAUUGGCGCUGGCAGUUCACGAUAUCCCCGACAGUGUCUAUUUCUUACUUGAACAGUGUCUGAUCGUGGAAGAUAUUGAAAUUACGGCAGCGAUCUGUUAUUGCUUACCCCGGCUCUUGAGAUUAUUGUUAAAAUAUCAUCCAGGAGACAUUACUUCGCUGAAACAUGACCAGUUCGAGGUAGGACUCUAUCUGGCCUGGAUAUCUGACUACCCGGAAGGCAACGUGUGCUGGCCAUUACUGGCUUUCGCUCAUGCGGCUAGCGUUUACCCUGGGACCAGGAAAAACUACGUACGAGACGCACAAGAGACACUCGUCAUGCUGAUUGACAGGGGGGUCCAAGUCGAUGGCACUUGCGGCCCUUUGGGAGGUGUACUGCACUAUAUCGCAAGACCGCUUACUCAUGGAAUGAACAUUACCGUGCAAAUAAUUGACCUCCUUGUGGGAAGAGGUGUGAAUAUCAAUCAACUUGGUCCACAAGGCACGCCUUUGGAGCUUUUGUGGAAACUUGCCAAUACAGAGAAGUACCCAGACAAAUCCCACACCUACAGCUGUCGCAUGUUGAUGCGCGCGCUCAUUGACCGUGGGGCGGUCAACACACGUAAAGAUCCGAAUGGCCUGGUGCCCUCAGUGAUCCAGAUGCGGUUGUUUGGCUGCAACAAGACUGAUGAAAAGGAGUGCAGGCGGUUUUAUCAGGUAGGACCACGCGAUGGGGGUUCGGUAUGGCCGGGGCCAGUGCCACUGCAUCCGGAUGAUGGACAUAUGGAAGAUUUUGGAGAUGUUCCCUUUGACGAGGCAAUCAGAGAGUACCGUGCAGCCAUGGACUGCUAA